UCCCAUUGAGAGAGAGAGAGAGAUUGGGUUGUUUGGGCAGGUACGUGCGUACGUAUGGCAACAGAAAAUGAGGCGGUGGACUUGAUCUACGCGUUACCUGAAGAGUGCAUCGCCAGCGUGCUGUCGUUCACGAGUCCUCCGGACGCGUGCCGGUCGUUAUCGGUUUCCACGAACUUCAGAUUGGCCGCCGAAUCCGACGCCGUAUGGGAAAGCUUUCUUCCACCCCAGUACAAGAGCAUAAUCUCCCGCUCCGCCGAGUCGUCUGCCCUCUGUAUUUCGUCGAAGAAGGAGCUCUAUCUCCGCCUCUGCGAUCAUCCCCUCCUCAUCGACGAGGGCAGGAAGAGCUUUUGGUUGGAGAAAAGGAGUGGGAAGAUAUGCUACAUGCUCUCUCCCAAGGACCUCCAGAUUGUCUGGAUGGGGACUCCCAGGCAUUGGACAUGGACUUCUUUGCCUGAUGCCAGGUUUCCGGAAGUGGCGGAGCUUAUCAGUGUGUGUUGGCUGGAAAUCCGCGGGAAGAUUAACACCGGCAUGCUGUCCCCAACCACACUGUAUACAGCUCACCUCGUGUUCAAGGCAACGACAGGAUCAUUCGGAUUUGAAAACCAACCUGUCGAGGUUGAGGUCGGAGUUGUCGGAAGUGCAGGCGGGCAUAAGCGGAGUGUCUUUUUAGAUGCGGAGAGAGGGCGGAGGUUGCGCCACCAGAUUGUACGGCGGCGAGGCAGGCGUUUUACCCGCAGCGGCAUCUUGUGCCAACCGUGUCGGCCAAGAGUGAAGGAGGAGGAUGGCGAGUGUCCAAAGGAGAGAGGAGAUGGAUGGUUGGAGAUGGAGCUAGGUGAGUUCUUCAAUGGAGGAGAAGAUGAUGAUGAUGGGGAAGUGGAAAUGAGUGUUUUGGAGGUGAAGGGGGGUAACUGGAAGGGCGGCCUCAUUGUUCAAGGGAUUGAGAUCAGGCCAAAACGAGGGUAAAAUAAGUGAG